UCAGCCGACGCGACGCGGCGACGGCGUGGACCUUUUGUACUAGUACUUCAGACAGACAGAAGCAGAAGCAACCAGCCGAAGCUCGUUCCUCGUAGACAGUUGGACAGUCGUCUCGAUCCAUCGUCCAUCCCGUCUCGCCAGCAGCCGACCAUGGCCGCGCAGGCGCCGCCGCCGCCGCCGCCGGAGCAGAAGAUGAUGGUGGCCAUCGACGAGAGCGAGUGCAGCCACUACGCGCUCGAGUGGGCCCUGCGCAACCUCGCGCCCCGCCGCCUCAUCCUCUUCACCGUCCAGCCCUUCUCCCCUCUCAGCUACCUCCCCGUCGGCUCCCCGCGAGCAGUUGGCCCGUCGGUGGCGUCGCCGGAGCUCAUCAGGUCGGUGACCGAGCACCAGCGGCAGCUCGCCCAGGCGCUCGUCGACAAGGCCAAGGCCAUCUGCGCCGAGCACGGGGUUGAUGCAGAGACCGUCAUCGAGGUGGGUGAUCCCAAGGAAACCAUAUGCGAAGCUGCGGAGAAGUUGAAUGUUGAUCUGCUCAUCCUGGGAAGCCACAGCCGUGGGCCUGUACAAAGGUUUUUCCUUGGCAGUGUGAGCAACUACUGUAGCCACCACGCGAAGUGCCCGGUUCUUGUUGUGAAGAAGAAAGAAUGAAACUCCGCUAUCUACUGUAUUCAUGGACAUCGUGUGAAGAACCCUUGAGAUGUGUAUCUACAUGUUGUUUGUCACAGCAUCUAGUUGCAUACUUGCAUAUGAAUAAACAUACUUUGCCAAUUUGAAAACAACUAUAUAUUCAGUCUUGUACAUGAACGAAUAAUGCCAAGAGGCAAACUGAGUGGUUGAUUAUUGGAACUGAA